CGGCUGGAUAGGGGCAUUCCAGUUAGUCAUCCCCCUCCGCGCACCAGCUUCCAGGAAUUGCAGUGACUUGGGGUGCGCUGGCCCGUUGGGAAGUGCCUGCUACGUGUACAAAGGCCUCCCCCACUUUCCAGAGGCUUGUGGCAUUGUAGACCCCACACCAGCAGCAGUCAGUAGACGUGAGGAACGGACGCUUAUAUAGCCAGCCCCCCCCCCCCAGGCCAGAUCUCCAAUAUUUUGGGGGUGCAGGGCACUCGUCUGGGUGACAAGACACCAUCAGAGUGCCACACCUGGGCGAAGGUCACCAGCACGUCGGAGAGGCUAACUUUAAAGGGCAUUCAAGGUCGCAGGAAUAACUAGCACGUGCACCGAUCAGGUGGUUGGAUUCUAGGAGAGACCCAGGUUCAACUUCCUGCCAGUGAGUAGCCACCCCACCCACCCACAUCCAUGGAGACCUGCGUGCUGCUCUGCUGCUGAGCAAGUUUCAGUAAAAUGUAUAGAUGAAUUAGGAAGAAUGGCUUGGUGAGCUACUUCCAGAAGUCCACGCGGUGGGCUGCAGCUGUCCAGCCCACAAGUAAUCGUGGAGAUGUGGAGCGCCAGGCAGCGUUUUGUCCCAUGGUGCAUGGGACCUCCACGAAUCAGAGAGCAGCUAACCGAUCAUCUAUCUUUUGGUACAGACAAAAAAGCAAGUAGCAGUUGAACAGGAGAAGAAUGGCAUUGAAACAGAUUUCCAGCAACAAGUGCUUUGGAGGCUUUCAGAAAGUGUUUGAACAUGACAGUGUUGAACUGAGCUGCAAAAUGAGGUUUGGGAUCUAUUUACCUCCGAAAGCUGAGACUGCAAAGUGCCCCGCACUGUACUGGCUGUCUGGCUUAUCUUGUACGGAGCAAAAUUUCAUAUCCAAAGCCGGGUAUCAUGCAGCAGCCUCAGAACACGGCCUUGUCGUCGUAGCUCCAGAUACCAGCCCCCGCGGCUGCAACAUCAAAGGAGAGGAUGAGAGCUGGGACUUUGGCUCCGGGGCUGGAUUUUAUGUGGAUGCCACCGAGGACCCGUGGAAAACGAACUACCGAAUGUACUCUUACGUAACGCAGGAGCUCCCACAGCUCAUAAAUGCCAAUUUUCCAGUGGAUCCCCAACUGAUGUCCAUUUUUGGCCAUUCUAUGGGAGGCCAUGGAGCGCUGAUUUGUGCUUUGAAGAAUCCUGGAAAGUACAAAUCAGUGUCAGCAUUUUCUCCAAUUUGCAACCCUGUGCUCUGUCCUUGGGGCAAAAAAGCCUUUAGUGGAUAUUUGGGAUCAGAUCAAAGUAAAUGGAAGGCUUACGAUGCGACUCAUCUGGUGACGUCCUACCCAGGCUCUCAGCUGGACAUCCUGAUUGACCAAGGGAAAGAUGACCAGUUCCUUUCCGAUGGACAGCUGCUUCCUGAUAACUUUAUAGCUGCCUGCACAGAAAAGAAAGUCCCUGUUGUUUUCAGAUUGCAAGAGGGUUAUGAUCACAGCUACUACUUCAUCGCAACCUUUAUUACCGAUCACAUCAGACACCAUGCAAAGUACCUGAAUGCGUGAGAGCCCUCAGGUGCUAGAAUCUCUCUGGAAUGAGACCGGUCAGAGUAAACUGAACGACAAAGGAAAAGAGAUGAUUUCCAAACAGCGGACUUCAUAAUCCUGAAAGGGUUUCAUUCUACAAUCAAAGCUCCUGAAUAAAUACAUGGAACCUA